CCGUUAUUUGCGCGACACGAAGCGGCAACACAAGCAAUACCACAUAAUAUGACAGAUACAUGGUCGAGAAGUGAUGGGAUGUGGAAAUCGCCGUAUUGUAUCCAAAAAAUAUUUUUAGCAGGCAACCAAUCCAAUGAAGUGAUAUUUGUCGCACUAACAGAGAGAACCGUUUUUAUACAUUCCGGUAAGCCGUAUGAUUCCUAA